AAGAGGAGUAAACUCUUUUGGAUCGGGGUAGGUUUGGGUGUAGCGGUGGUAUUAUUCCUAGCCGUCUUCUUGCCUGUGUUUUUUGGAGUUGUCAGGAAAUCGGGGGGUUCGUCUUCGUCUUCGUCUUCUUCUUCUUCGUCUGGAGGAGGAGGAGGGGGUGGUGGGACGGGUGGGAAUGGGGGGAGUACGAAGGGUACAGGCGGCGACGGGUCCACCGUAACGAUGGACAACGGAACCACAUUCACCUACCACAACUCCUUCGGCGGCUUCUGGAUAUCCGACCCCACAAACCCAUUCAACAACAACGCCCAACCAAACUCCUGGACGCCCCCUCUAAACACAUCUUGGACAUGGGGUAAAGACCGUGUAUUCGGUGUCAACCUCGGAGGAUGGUUGGUCAUGGAACCAUUCAUCACUCCGUCUUAUUACCAGAAAUAUACGGGUGCGGUGGAUGAGUAUACGCUUAGCACGCUGAUGAUUGCUGAUACGGGUGCUGGUGGGGGGUUGGCGCAGUUGGAGGCGCAUUAUGAUACGUUUAUCACCGAGCAGGACAUUGCGGAAAUAGCAGGUGCCGGUAUAAACUGGGUCCGCGUCCCCAUCGCCUUUUGGGCUAUCGAGACAUGGGCUGGGGAGCCGUUUCUGGCUAGGACGUCGUGGAAAUACUUUCUCCGAUUCUUGGGCUGGGCGAGGAAGUAUGGUCUGAGGGUGUGUUUGGAUUUACAUGCCGUUCCUGGGUCUCAGAAUGGGUAUAACCAUUCGGGGAUGCUAAACGUCGUCAACUUCAUGCGCGGCAACAUGGGCCUCGCAAACGCCCAACGAACACUCGACUACAUUCGCGUCCUAACAGAGUUCAUCACUCAACCGGAGUAUCAAGACCUCAUUCCCAUCUUUGGGAUCGUGAAUGAGCCUACGGCGGGGACGGCUGCUCUGUCAAACUUUUACCUCGAGGCACACAAUUUGAUCAGGAACAUUACGGGGUUGGGGGCUGGUCAUGGACCUUACAUCGCCAUGCACUCUGCAUUUAACGGUGCCGGUGACUGGGUUGGUUUCUUGAAAGGCGCUGAUCGGAUGAUAUUGGAUGAACAUCCGUAUUUUGCGUUUGGGGGCGUGAAUACUAGUCCUGUUAAUACGACUGGUACGACUGGUCAACCUGGAGGGACGUGGCCUGCGCGAACUUCGUUUGGAGUAAUGAUUGCCGGAGAGUUCUCAGCUGCGCCUAACGACUGUGGGUUGUUCAUGGUCGGUGUGAAUGUUGUCUCUGCCAACCCGCAGUGUCCCGAAUACGACGACUGGGCUAAUUAUUCGGACGCGAUGAAGGCGGGGUUGUUGAAUAUGGUUCUGGCUACUAUGGACGCGUUGGGUGAUUGGUUCUUCUGGACGUGGAAGAUCGGACCAGACCAAUCAGGAAACAUAUCAUCCCCCCUAUGGUCCUACAAACUUGGCCUUGCAAAUGGUUGGAUCCCCACAGAUCCACGUACAGCCCAAGGCAAAUGUGCCUCCUUCGGUGUAUCCAUCGACCGCUUCUCAGGAGACUUCCUACCCUGGCAAACGGGCUCCGUACCCUCCUCCAUACCAGCAGCGUCGUCAGUGGCGUAUCCCUGGCCACCAGCAACCAUGACGAGCGCAGACGUUUCUGUGAGCUUGUUGCCUACGUAUACGAAUACGGGGCCGGUGAUUACGAUGCCUGUGCCUACGACGUUUACGAGUGCGCCGAGUAGGGUUACGAGUGGGUUUGAUGGGUGGUUUGAUCAGGCUGAUACGGCGGGUGGGGUUGUUACUGUGAAGGGGUGUACUUAUCCGAAUGAGUACUCGCCAACGUUUGCGGUUGUGCCGACUGCGGCUUGUACGGGGACGUGAGUGUUGGUGUAGGUGGGGAUUCGGGGGAUGGCUGCAGAUGGACACAUGUAAGGAUUUCGGAUGGACGGUUAGUAUCUAGUGUGGAUGCAGCUGAUAGCUGUUACCUGUCGUUUUUCGGAUGGACUUCUUGUUGGAUUGUAUGUACUUACGCAGACUAGGAGGAUACAGGAACAUUUGCUUCACCCCUA